AUGACCUCUCUCACUGACUUUGGAUAUCGGUUGUGCGAUCUCUCCAACUCUCCUUCUUCCAGCAACUGGCACGAUGUAGAAACGACAGCUCAAGCACUGGCAAAUGGGCUUAGAGUCCGCGAUGGCCCAAUCGAUAACCAUACUCCAUUGGGGAAGACUGCUCUGCCUCAAGCUUUGACCAGCCUUCUCAGUUCCGCUCUACAAGGAAGCCCCACGCCGGCAUCAACACACGUUCCUGUUGUGUUUGAGCUACUUCGCGUCUCUGCCAAUCUCUGCAUUGACCAUGACGAAAAUCGUGGCCAUUUGCUAGAGUCUGGUCUCCCACAGGCAGUCGUUUCGCUUCUGGAAGGAUAUGCUGAAUCGAUACCCAAUCCUCCGACAUCUUCACCGCUCCCUCUCACAAUCCCCCACCUCAAAGUCGUUAGGACGGCCAUUGGCGUAUUGUUGAAUGUCAGCUUGAACUAUGACCCCGUCAAGUCGCGUUUGCGCUCGCUCGAUGCGGCAUUGACGAUCAUGAGAUUGUCCACCGCUAUUUACCCUCCCGCCGCCUGGCUCUCGGCGGUGCCAACGGAGGGAGAAGAUUUGGAGGAAUCAUGGGCUUUGCGAAGUGGUGUGUCCAGCUGGGCAUGGAAGACAAUCGUCGAUUUGAAGGAAGUCAAGGAUGAAUCCCUGCAGAUAUUCAAUCAAGACGUUCUGCCCCUCUUGACCCCGGCACUCGAAGCUUUCUCUUCCCCAUACCCAAUCAAGUCUGCCACGUUUGAGGCAGACACUGAGCUGUUCGAAGACCUUCUCGUUACCGACUUUGAGGUGCUUGAACAGUCGUGUACCUUCUUAGAAUCGCUUUCUCUUGACAUAGAGGAUGUCCGUCUCUCACUCGCGCGUGGAUUCAACUUCCCUGCGGAACACGGAGGCACCCCAUGCCUGUCUACUAUCUUGGACUUCAUCGAGAAAGGCGACUACCCUGUGCUCUGGCAGACUGUUUUCCUGGAGGCGGACCGAAGGCGCCGCGAGAAGGUAUUCGACAACUGCAAAGCAGCACUCAUCAAGUCCGUCGUUGAGGUUGCUGGUGAAGAGCGCAAUGAAGAUGUCCUCUGGGAUGAUUCAGAGAGCAGGCCGGGCGGAGAUUUUGUCUGUCGUAUGGUCGAUUUGAUCAAGAAGUACCUGGCAGAUGUUGAAUCUGGCGCUUCGGGGAAGGACUCGUUUGCGCAACGGGACGAUUUAGUCAUCUGCGCUACUCUCUCGCUUGGGAAUCUAGCACGAAGAGAAAAGAAUUCGAGUGUCUUGUUGUCUCCUCCACAUUCGUUGGCGCCAUGUUUGACCUCUCCCCAUCUCCUGGCCCCGUUAACUGACAUCAAAAUGAAACAUGGUGUCAUCGGGUUGCUCAAGCACCUUGCCCAAUCCUCCGCGCAUUCUACUGUGAUUCAUGACGCACUGUCGGAGGCUCAGGUUGUUCAACGUAUGACGAAGAGCGGCGUUUGGGAUGAAAAGGUAGACGAGAUGGCUGACAUCGUUCAGCUCAGUGCGAUUGGUGUCGUCAAGCAUAUGUGCAACGCAAAUGUGGAAAACACAUUCACGUUGAUACUCGGAGAUGAACCGACGGGGCUCUCUCUGAUAAUGGCCCUCGUUAAACGGACACGGUCAACUGCAAUUCGAAGCGAAGGGACCCGCGUGCUGGUAAACGCAAUCAAGUCAUUGUGGUCUACAGAGCCAGCGACCAGCCCUGUUGCACAAGGGCUCAACACAGCUGAAGCCGUGACGGAGCGACAAGAAAAGCGCAAUGCGGCAAUGCAGAAAGUUCUGACGCACGAUUGCGCAUUCGCUCUCGCAAGCCUUGUCGGACGGAGUGCCAAAUACCCACUUUUGGUAAACGAGGGAGUGGUUGCGUUGAGCUUGAUGAGCACGAUAAAAUCCGGUGGACCACUGGCCCUGACCGCCAUUCUAACGCCGAUCCCCUCGGAUGCACCCCCUCCAAGUGAACCAAUAUCCACUCCGGCUUCCGCUAGCAGCGAGCAACCAACGUCAGGCAGUGACUUGAGUUCGCCAGUUGUGACCACGCCAUCAACUCGUGGACGGCCAACGAUACCACGAAACGCACUUGAUAUGCUCAUUGCUGUCCUAAGAAAUGUCGACAACCCAGUCAACUUCCAGAUGGAGGUCCGUGUCAAUGUGUGCUCGUUCUUUGUGCAGUUGACACGCCAUACCUCUGGCCCGGAAUUGGGGCGGAUAAAGGACGCCGUCAGGCCGGUAGUAGAGGGUGUUGCGGAAGGCUUACAGACCGGGGAGGCGGAUCUGCUAUCCAAGGCAACACAAAAGCUGCUAGAUUUGUGGGCUUGA